AUGAGGCUCACACUCUUAAUUGGGAAGAACUACAGAACAUACAAAAGAUACCUGAACAACAACAAGCCAGAUACCGUAAUGGAGGAAAAGUUAGUAAGAAUGAUAGGAGCUAUAAACAACAAUGGAGAGAGAAUAGAUAACCCACCAAUUAAUAGACACAACAUCUCUAACACUCAUAUUCAACAAUAG